AUGUUCUCUCUCUCCAUCCUCAACGUCUUCAUCGCCCAGCUGUGGCUGGCGCUCCUCACGCACGCCGCGCCCAUCGCCGAGGAGACGCUGACUGCCACCGGCCACGGCAACGCUUGGCAGUACGGAACCGGCGGCGGCAUCCUGGGUCUCAUUGUGCUCAUUCUGGACGUGAUUGCAUUCAUCGAGAUCCUCGGGUCGAACCGUGAGCCCAGUGGCAAGCUGCUCUGGUGCCUGGUCGUCUUCCUCUUCCCUAUCGUCGGCAUGGUCAUCUACUACCUGUUCUCGAACCGGGCAAGCCACGGCUCGUCGGGAUACGAACCUGUGGCGUAA